UUGCCAUGGAUGCAAAUAUGACAACAGUAAUUUACAGUAUGUUAAACAUAAGUUUGGAACUGUCAAAUGAAGUAUGAACAAAACUACAUAGUGUCAGUGUAUAAAAGUAUUAAUUUUUGUAUAGACCGAAAUGAUUUCCACAGUGUCAGACUUUAUUUCAGGAUCAACCACAAAUGCCUAUCAUCCAAAAUCAAAGGAUCUUGACUUAUGUUAUGCAUAUCCCAAGCUGGAAAAGCUAGAUAAACUUAAUGACGUGCUUAGCAGGGAUAUCAGAGACUAUAGAAGCUUUCGGAAAAAGACUCUUUUCGAGGAAGAUGGUAUUUACAUUGGUGCACAAGGUCCACUUACAAAAACAGUAGUGAAGCCUUAUCAGCUCGAACGGAGAGUUGUUACUCGAUUUACACCACGGCAGAAUGGUAAACUCAUGGAAAUUGCUAUACGAGAGGUCAAAUUUAUUACUAUUGGUAAUUCAAGUUCUAUGAUUCAAGUCACAGCUGUAGCAAUCUUGUUUCAUUCAAAAAUUAUUUGCAAAUCUACUUCUCCAUUUAAUAGACAACUGUAUAAAAUCUUAAUGAGAAAUUCCACUGAGCCUAACAGUCUAUCAAUACAAGUAUUUACGAAUCAUGAAAACUCAAGCAUGUUACCAUUGCCAUUACCAAAGUGUUGUAUAAAAAACCACAAACUUGAGAUAGAAUUUUCUAUUAAAACCAAAGAAGGAAAAAUCCAUUCCGGAAUUGUAUUCUGUACAGUGGGUCUAAAUAUUCAAGAAUCACAAUCAAGAAAUCCAGGCUCCACAUAUUUUUACACUUCUAGUAAUGAUCCAAAUGAUCCUAGAAACUGUAUGACGCUACUGAAGCCAAAAAAAUUUAAUUCCUUAAAUGAUGUGAAUUAUUUUCUCUUGGAAGAUCCAGCUUUGUGCCUUUCUGGAGAUAUUGCAACUUCUAAGUCCUACGUAAAGUUACCAUGCCCUAAUGACAAUGUGAUAAUAGAACAGCCGGCUCUUUCCAUCUUGGAUAUUCCCUUCAGAGACUGGUUUAAUAUCAGAAGACCUUUGAGACCCUCUUCGGGAUAUAGCAACAAGCAUCGAGUCAACAGAAAAGAGGUCUUAGUGGUGAGCAUACUUCGUGGUGUGGAGGUCCCGAUUCGUGAAGAGUCUGCUCAAAUACAACCGCUUGUCGAGGUAGAAUGGUGCGAUACAAUUCGUCACACAAAGGUAUCAGAAGGUCCAGCUCCAAUUUGGCAAGAAACUUUAAAGUUUGAAGUUGCUCUGACAACCAAGGAGCAUUUUUUAACCGUGAGGCUUUUUGAUCAGCACCCUAUAUGGGGUUUACAGUUCCUUGGUGAAACCAAGAUACCCAUAGACAGAGAGAGAAGGCAUCAGGAAAUGGAAAGAUGGGUCAGCUUAUCUCCUUUGUGUUCACCUUUAUUAUCAUUUGGCUAUGUUCCAGCUAGUCCUGGCAGUUCGUGGACUAGAAUUUAUGUCUUAAUAAGAUUUGAUCAGCCCUGUAGUAACAGACUACCAGAAAUAGGAUCAGUCGAACGUCUCGAGAAAGCAAUACAAAGAUGUAUAACAGUACCAUAUAAAAUACCCAAUAUCGAAGAACCAGAAGAUGCUUUGAGACUCGCAGUACUCUUGGAAAACUUACCUGCACACUAUGGACCUCUUGCACCGAGGCAAGCUCUUCGUUUGAAUAAAGUCGACAUUUAUGGAAGAGCAGCUCUGCUCGCCGUUUUCCUCCAGGGUCUUGGACUUCAUGCUUAUGUACUCUUGGGCGUUUCACAAAUAAGAAAAUGGGCAACCUUCGUUCUAACCAUGGACGAUAAUAUCCCAAUUUUAUGGGAUCCUGAAAAUGGCGAACAUUAUGACUUGGGCGACAAUCGUUGCUCCCUAAUAAGUGUAUCUCGCUUAAUAAAUCAUCAAAACAUCUGGCAAAACAUUCAAAAGUCAACGACGCCUCUAAAUUUGAGAUAUAACGUUAAGAAUAUCAAAGAUUGGCGUCCAAUUGGUCCAGGAACAGGACCCGGCAUUAGGCCGGUGCAAAUUCUUCAAUUGCGCAAUGAAUUCAACGAGCAGAACGACAUAGAAGUUUCACAAAAAAUGGAGGACACCCUAAAGGCGAAAUUGAGCGAAUGGCGAAGUGCGCUGAGUUUACCAACGAUAUUUAAUCGUCACGCUACUUCGAUUCUUCGUACAUUCAUCUCAAAAUUAAAUGACACGCCUAGAGCCCGGCUUGAUAAAAAGGAAUUACGACAGUUGUACAGGGCUUAUCAUACUCAUGGCUUCGUUUUGAAUUUACGUCACAUGAGCUUAGAUGACCUGACAUCGCAAUUUCGUACAAUAAAAUUACAGGAGACGACUGGACCAGUGGAAUUUUCUCUAGUCUGUCACCUGCAACGUUUUGUAGGAAAUACGUGUUCCAUAUGGUUGGCGACUGUAGUGAUAAGGAGCAAAGACUAAUUAAAUUGAUCCAGUUAAUCAGACUAAUUAAGAAUAAUUAAAAGAAUCAUCACAUUUUCCCAGGUCAAUUUGACAGAGUGAGCUAUCUGUUGUGUUCUUUGCAAAAUAGUUUUUACGAUUAAGGAUU